UGAGGUAGCCUCCUUUCCUUUCUAUUUCCUCCUUCUGUCACUUCAUCCAUCUUUUUGUCAGGACAGCCUGUCAUCUCAUCCCUCAUGGUUGGGCUGAAGUCUCUACCUUCCGUGGCUUUCUUUACCGAGCCUGGAGACCUGAACACACGAACCUGCACAGAAACGCUCAUUUCUUAUUAUUCCCCAUUCAGAGGAGUCCUCAUCAUCUUGACCUUUCCUUCUGGAUUCUUUGACCUGGAGAUCCAGGCACACACACCUGAUCUGCCAAUGCAGAGACAUUAUCCCUCUCCAAGGAGGCUUUUGUGCGAGUUUUGGGGUGAGGGGCCCUGAAACCUCUCGCUCAGCUCUAUGGCUGGAAGAAAACACACGUCCGUCCUCCUCUCCCUUUCUCUUCUAUUCCUCUUCCUCGGUCUCUUCACUCGUCCAUGUGUCUGCGGUCCUGCCCGGGCCCCUCUUCUCGCUGGCCAGCCUUUCCUGGUGUUAUGGGGGGUUCCAGAUAAAGACUGUUUGGGUCGGCCUGACCCAGCUGCAUUUGGGAUGGAGUGGGAAGGCCGUGUGGCAAUAUUUUAUGAGGACACAGGACUUUACCCAUAUUUCACUGCACAGGAUCGUCCUGUCAACGGUGGCCUACCACAACACACCAGCCUUGACCUUCACCUCCAGAGGGUGGAGGGCGACCUGACGGCCUCAUUACCCCAAGCAGGAGCACCUGGUUUAGGGGUGCUGCGCUGGCAGGAGUGGAUGCCUCAGUGGAACAGGAACAGGGGAAUUAAAACAAAGUAUAUUGUGGAGUCGAGGGCACUUCUCCGGAGAUUUUUUCCAGACUGGAGCACAGAGGAAGUGGAGAAAUGGUCACAGGUUGACUUUGAAGCAGCAGCACAGUCCAUUAUGAUGGAAACCCUGCGGGAGGUGAAGAGACUCCGCCCACAAAGAUUAUGGGGCAUGGCCCCAUUUCCUAACUGCUAUAACUUUGACUCCACCCAGAUAGCACUAGCCAAUUACACGGGACGGUGCCCUGCGGCAGAGAUGGCCAUUAAUGAUGAGCUGAUGUGGCUGUGGAAGCGAAGCGGUGCCCUCUAUCCAGCACUCUCACUGGAGAAGCUGCCAGAGGGCACUAAAGGGACGUGGCUUUACGCAACCAAUCAGAUCAGAGAGUCUUUACGAGUGGCGGCUCUUGCAGGGACUACCUUUGAUCUUCCUGUGUUUCCACUGAUCAAGAUUGUGUACAUCUCUUCUAACUCCUUUCUCUCAGAGAUUGAUCUGGUGAACACAAUUGGAGAGAGUGCUGCUAUGGGAGCAUCUGGAGUCAUAAUAUGGGAAAAAUCCUUAGCAGUUAAAACACAGAAAUCCUGUUCAGAGUUCGGCUCGUAUGUUCGUCAGGUUCUUGGCCCAUAUGCUGUCAAUGUGACGACUGCAGCACGUCUCUGUGGAGUCUCAUUGUGUCAGGGCCGUGGACGCUGUGUGCGUAAGAAACCUGAGGACCCCACAUUCCUGCAUCUUCCUUCAGCCCACUUCAUGCUUCUCCCAAACGGGGCAGAAGGUGUCCGGGCCACAGGAGAGCUUCCCACUGCUUACAUAGACCUCUGGAACAAGGACUUCCGCUUCCUCUUCCGCUUGACGAGAAGAGAGCUGGAGUGUGAACUUUUGUGAACCUCUGUUGGCCUUGACUUUGAUUGCUAAUUGCAAAAAGAAUUUUAAUAUAAAUGCCCAAAGGAAUAACUCUGUUGAGGAUAGCUUCUGUGAAAGACAAUCUCAAAGAUGGAUUUAAAUUCACAAUCUGAACAUGACUGAAUAAACAGAUCUGUACUGAAUCACACUUGAAUAUGAACUACAAAACUUGUUUUAGAUAAAGUUUUUUAAAGGGAUAGUGCCAUCAUUGACCCUCCACUUGUUCCAAACCUCUAUGAGUUUGUUCUG